CAGCCUGUCACUCGCCCAUUCCGGACAUGCAUAAUAUAACAUUACUGUGCCGUCUGUCUUCGAUGCGCCGGUCAUCUUUGCUUUACAAUACCACGGAUAUUCACUCUCGUUUUGAGGCAAUUGAAUCACAGGUCUUUUCUGGACUGAAUUGAUCUGCCCUUUUCGGACUUUUUCUGCUUUUGUUGCUGUUGCUCUCGGCCUGGGCAGGCAGGGCCGAACCUUGUCGCAAAGCGCGCCGCUCCCUACUUAGUUUACUGCCAAUUCACUUUGAGGAUCGGAAUAUCGUCUGAACCCGCAACAAAGAACUGAAGCCAUGGCUCGUACAAAACGCACGGCGGUGCAGCGCGAGCCGUCUUCAGAAUAUAUCAGCAAAGCCGACCGGCCCGCGCAACGCGGCGAUGAUCUCGCGGCGCCGAAAUCCGAGGAUGCGGCGCUGCCGGCCAAAGCCGAUGCACCUCUGCCACCAAUUGUGCCUAGGGAUGUCGGUCUUACGCAGCUAGUGAUCUCGGUCGCGGGUAUCUACGGCUCUUUCCUUACCUGGGCCUACCUACAGGAGAAGCUCACGACGACAAACUAUGGGCCUCCCGGGUCGCCGCCUGAGGUGUUCAAGUUCCCCGUGUUCCUCAACACCAUUCAGUCCAUCUUCGCCGCCGCGACGGGCUUCGUGUACCUAAUUACCAGCACGCCUAGGGGCCGCCCCGUUCCCCCCAUCAUCCCGUCGCGGGCCAUCCUUGGCCCUCUCCUCCUGGUCGCGCUGACGACGGCGCUGGCCAGCCCCUUUGGCUACGCGAGCCUGGCGCACAUCGACUACAUCACCUUCCUGCUCGCCAAGAGCUGCAAGCUACUGCCCGUCAUGUUCCUGCACAUCACGCUCUUCCGCAAGCGCUACCCCAUGUACAAGUACCUGGUCGUCGCGGCCGUCACGGCCGGCGUAGCCGUCUUUACGCUGCACAGCGGCUCCAACAAGAAGAAGUCGGCGGGCAGGCCGUCGUCGGGCCAGACAUCCUGGGGUUUGCUGCUGCUCAGCAUCAACCUGCUCUUUGACGGCCUGACCAACUCGACCCAGGACUACAUCUUUACCGCCUUUAGGCCCUACACGGGCCCGCAGAUGAUGUGCGCAAACAACAUGAUGAGCACUAUCGUCACGGGCCUGUACCUCCUCCUCAGCCCCUAUCUCGUCCAGACCGGUCUGGGCAGCUGGCUGGGCAUGGACGUCGUCGCAGGCAGCGGCGCUGGAGAGUUGCAGAGCGCCCUGGCUUUUAUGCGCCGCUACCCGUCCGUCUGGAGGGAUGUCCUUGGCUUUGCGGCGUGUGGUGCCGUUGGCCAGGUCUUUAUUUUCUACACGCUCGCGACAUUCUCCUCGGUCCUCCUGGUCACGGUCACGGUCACACGCAAGAUGUUCACCAUGAUCCUCUCGGUUAUCGCCUUUGGCCACCGCCUGACCCAGAUGCAGUGGCUGGGUGUUGGUCUGGUGUUUGGCGGCAUUGGAGUCGAGGCUGCCAUUGCGAGGCAGGAGAAGAUGGCCAAGGAGGCGGCCAAGAAGAAGGCCGGUGGCGGUGAGAAGAAGGAGCUUUAAAGGAGCUGUUUCUAUUUUUUUCUUGGCGUGUACAUAUACCAACCUGGGACAGUGUUUUGAUGUUUGAAUCCCUUCGUUUUUCUCCACAAAAAUAGAUAGAGAUCUUCCAAACAAAUGAUUCAGCUUGUCAGUGAUGUA